AUGAGAACAAGCAGAGGCUGCCAUGAGUGCAAGCGCCGGCACCUCAGAUGCGUCACGCAGCCAGGUUGUAGCACCUGCGAGCGCUGCGAAAAGUCCGGGCGAGAGUGUCGUCGCGGCAUCACCAUCCGCUUCCGAGCCGUGACGUCGGUCCGCGAGAAGAGGCCAGCUCAGCCCAACGACGACGACGACGAUCGCACCUAUCACCUCAGCUGGAAGAAGAGCCAAGUGUGGGUGCGCGUGCCUCCGGCCGUAACGUUCGCUACCCCGGCCACCAACCUCGAAGACCUAGACGAGGAUCCGCAAGCGGUGACGUAUCCCGCGCGGGUAGGUUUCAGCCCGCAUGAAGAUGGCCAAGGAGGAGGCGGCGGCGGCGACGCCGACCCAGCAGGGCCACCUGCCAACCACGUGCCCAACGCGACAGUCUUUCGCGAGACCUCCACCACUAUCGCCGCGGCGAUCGCGGCAAUACCCGCAUCUGCCGAGCAUCGCUCGCCGAGCCAAGUGCUGGAUGGCAUCAACGUUGGCUCUCCGUUUUCGGCCUUUGGCAACAGGAGCGAUGUCGCACAUAGCUCCAGUACUCCCAACGGUGGUGACGGCUCAACGGUCGCUUCUGGAGGGAGCUACUGGCGGUCGGCACUCUACCAGCCGUCGACAAAGUGGCCGCUGCGGACCGAGGAGGAGGCGCGCUUGUUUCACCAUUUCGUCAAGCACCUCGGAGCGUGGGUUGACUGCUGUGACGAGAAAUUUCAUUUCUCGAUAGAAGUGCCACAGCGCGCCUUGAACUAUCCCGUCAUAGCUAAUGCCAUACUGGCCUUGGCUUCCAGGCACCUGGCUCGGGUGACCCAGGUCGAGGACUUUAGAUCCGCCGAGUAUAUGAGCGAGUGCUUGCGGAUUUUGAUUCCCGUUCUGGACGACCCGCUCGGUGCGCUGGAUGAGAACCUCCUGGCAGCCAUCGUGAUCCUGCGGCUGUACGAGGAAAUGGACGACAUCGACGAGAAGUGCCACCUGUACGGCGGAACCCGGCUGUUGAACUCAAUCGCGCAGUUCGUUCCCUCAGGAGGACUCGGCGAGGCUGCGUCGUGGAUCUUCCUGCGGCAGGACAUUUACGUCGCGCUGACGACGGGGCAGCCCCUGAACAUCGAUCUCGAGCUUUUUAGGCAGUCUCCCUCGUUCCACGCAGACACGUCGAGCGGAUGGGCGAACAGGAUGAUCUUCAUCUUCGCCGAGAUCCUCGACUACUCCUGCCGGCAAGACCAGGCGCAUUCCGUAGAGCGGUGGAAAGAGCUGGAAGAGCAGGUGGAGGCAUGGAACGACAACAAGCCCUGGCAUUUCCGACCGCUGUGGAUCCGGGAGGACGCAGUUCCGUUCCCGGAGAUUUGGAUGACGGGGCCUGCACACGUUGUGGGGCAGCAGUACUACAGCCUGUCCAAGAUCCUCCUUGGCACGUUUGACCCGCGCCUGUCGCGGUUAGGCUUCGGGAGCCACAAGCUUCGCAAAGCUGCAGAGGCCACCAUCAUCGAGCACCUCCGCAUCGUCAUAGGGCUUGCCAUCAGCAACGAGGGCGUGCCGGCCGCAACCUUCCACGCGUCGCACAUACUCUGCACGUGCGGCUCGUAUCUCGAAGACGAAAGAGAUCGCGAAGGGGCGGUGCAGUUCCUUUUAGAUCUCGAAAAGCAGAUUGGGUGGCGGUCGUCGCGGAUUAUUGCGAACUUGAGGGAGUCGUGGGGAACAUAG